AUCAUUCGCCCUGAUUCGGUUGCCAAUCCUGUUCCUCCUAUUCCUCACCUAUAUCUCGAGGUCUCGCAGAAAGUCUAGAGGCCACCCAUAUCUAUGAUCUUCCAGCUGCCGUGCUGCCAUGCGCAUGCCAUGGAAAGGCCCCGAGGACCCCUCCUUCCAUUAUUACCACGGCGCAGCCACCAGCCUUGCUCUUACACCUCGAGCUAGCUGCUGCUAAGCUGGAGCCUCUCACGUCUCACGGUCGUUUCACGCCGGGGCAUGGAGAGGGAGAGGCUCUACGGAGGCCGCGAGGACAGGAUCGUCCAGGAUUCCACGCGGCCUCCGCAUCACGGUGGCCACGGGCAGCAGCUGGAAUGCUUCUCUGACGAGGUGAGCAGCCACGACGGCGAGGAGAGGAGGGAUGAUGGCAGUGUUCCACCGGCGACCUCGGGAGGAGGUGAUGCGGCGAGCGUCGAGACGGGGAAGCGGAGGCGGGGGCGACCGCCGGGGUCCAAGAACAAGCCGAAGCCGCCGCCGGUUAUCACGCGGGACGUGGAGCCUGCUGCCGCGAUGCGGCCGCACGUGUUCGAGAUCCCCGGCGGUGGUGACGUCGCCGCCGCGCUCGCGGGCUUCGCGCGCCGCCGCGGCCUCGGGAUCUGCGUGCUCGCCGGGACGGGCGCCGUCGCCGACGUGUCGCUCCGCCACCCGUCCCCUGUCGCCGCAGAUGGCCGCGCCGCUGCGGUCAUCCUCCGCGGCCGGUACGAGAUCCUCUCCAUAUCGGCGACGUUCCUUCCGCCUUCCAUGGCCGCGGCGGUGCCCCGCGCCGUCAGGGACCUCUCGGUAUCGCUCGCGGGCCCGCACGGCCAGAUCGUCGGAGGUGCCGUGGCAGGGCCGCUCAUCGCAGCCACCACCGUCGUGGUCCUGGCGGCCGCGUUCACCGACCUCACCUUCCACCGGCUCCCCUUGGAGGACGACGAGUCAGCGUCCGUCUCCGGCAGCGGCGACGCCGACGAACACCGUGGGCACCAGAAGGACCCGCAGGACGCGAGCGGGCUGCACCCUCACCCGCACAGCAUAGCACCGGCGACUGAGCCGGUGCCCUUAUACCCGCGCCAGCCUCAAGAGGCGUGGGCGCCGGCUGCAAGCACACAGCGCCCACGGCCGCCGUAUCAUCAGUAGCUCGAUCCCGGACAAUGCUUUCACGUCAGUUCCUUAUCCGAUCAAUGGCGCUCGAUAAUCGACCCGUCGUUCCUUCUUAACUAUACAUCUGUUACUUCUGUGCAAUUCGUUUCAAAACAUUUGAUGAUCUAGUAGCUACUUGUUAGGGUUUGAUAUUUGCUACAUUGAUGCUCUCUAGCUGGCUAGUUGUUAGGGUUCAACAUUUCUGCUUGCGUAAUGAGUUGAUGUAUCUGAUGCCAAUGGCGAGAUCGAAACUUGCUAAUUAUCCGUGUCAUUUGCUUAUACUGGUUGUUUGGACGCCAAUUCAUCAUGUUUCUACUAAA